AUGGAGACGCUGAAAUCGUUUAAUACGCGAAACAUUCCUGUCAGUAAGAAAAGACAUUCGCAAGAUAAUGGAAGCGGAACUGUGGCAUCGAAAAGGCCCAAAUUGGAAGAAAAUACAGUAACCGUGGGAUCCGAUAUGCAAUGCGUAGCGGAGCAGAAUAACAACAAGAGCUACAGAUCAGCACUACUUCCAUUUCCGGCAACUCAGCCAACACAUACUGGUUACAUCAUUUCGGCAACGUUGUUACCAUCAGUAUCAUCGUAA